AUGGGGACCGUUGAAAACUUCAAUCCAGCGAACCUUCAAAAUGACGUAGCCUUACUCCAUCUAGAAUCGCCAGUGACGCUGGCAGAACAUAUAAAUGUUAUAUGUAUGCCUUCAGCAGGCGAAGACUUUGAGAAGAGUCAGAACUGCGUCGCCAACGGCUGGGGCAAGGAUAUCUUUGGCAAACAGGGUCGAUACGCAGUGAUAUUGAAGAAGGUGGAACUCGAUAUCGUCCCCCAGGGUCAAUGCAAUGAUGAGCUGCGAACCACCCGACUUAGCCAAUACUUCAAACUGCACAAGAGUUUCAUAUGCGCUGGUGGACAGCCAGGAAAAGACACAUGCAAGGGCGACGGUGGCGCCCCCCUCGCGUGUCCAUUUGAAGAGAACCGGUACAAACUAACUGGCUUGGUGUCCUUGGGGUAUAGGGUGUGGUACCAGCGUCCCGGCAGUGUACGCGCGAGUGUCCUUGUUCAGACAAUGGGUCGACAGCAUAAUGACGAAAUGGGGCUACGAUAUAUCUGCUUAUAA